AUCCGGAGGAGGAGGAAGGAGGAACAGAUGACAAGCACCAUGCUGCCGACGAUACGCCAGAGCCUGCCGGGGCUGCCGGCGGUGCCGGGCCUCGGCCGACUCCCAGAGCACAUGCUGCGAUACCUCGCGUUGACCUCCAUGGCUUCCCGGUCCUCACCCUUGUGCACGACAACGGGCUCCACGGACUUGGGAUCAACUACUGCAAGUGUGACGGUGCGCUUCCCGAGCACGAACAGCUGCUCAUGCAUGGCCUUUUCCCGGCCAGCACGAAGUCGCCCGCAACGGCAUAUGAUGUUGGCAGCUUGGAAAAGGCUUUGGUCGAGGAAGUAGAGUGUCAUACACCAGUAGAGUUGUACUGGAAAAAGAUAUGUCGGUUUACGGUUCCUGAGGAUCCCGCUGCAACUAUGAACAAGUACGCUAUAACAACGCACGUGCACCAAGAGUUUCGUGCACUCCGAGAGUACACAGAGUUCGGGUUCGCUCAUCAAGAUCCAGAGAACCGGCGGCAGCCCGAAGCCGGCGAGAUGGCGUAUCGCUGCAUUGCCUGUCCUUACAUUUGGAACGUCCCCGCCAACUACGACUCUCUUCCCCAGCAUGUGAAAGACCAAUACUUUACCGCGUGGUCCAUCGAUGGCAACAUGAAAGCAGAGCAUACAAAGUCAAAACGCCCGGGAAACAACGUCCAGAUUUUUCCCGGCACCGGAUUCCUGCCGGACCCCGAAGACUUCGCGCAAAAGACCGGCACCAGUAUGACGGACCGAGAUCUACCACAGGAGCUGACUCAAGAUCGGGAGCUCUGUCAUCAACAUACUGCCGCAGGUGCCGGCUCUGCUAAAGCCGACCCCUCCAAGGACGUCCGAGGUAUCCUUUUGCUCUGCUGUGCUCGGCACGGCAAUAUGGUGCCGGGCGGAACUGUAGACAUCUACUUUGUAGAGAAUCAAGCGCAGGCUGAUUACGCCCUCAAUAACUCCAUGCGACUGAACCUCGACCCUCGCAUAUCGACGCGCCUCAUCAUUGGGUACGACAUCUGGUGUCAGUACGGCGUUCAUCUGUUGGAGCGCUUUCGUCGCUUUGGACAUCUUUUUUUCCCGGACUUCUUGACUAAACUAACGGGAAUCGUUGGAGCGUGGCAUAUCUUUGCCCAUGUCCGAGAAUGCUUCGGUCGCUUCUCGGGUCUCUAUGUCUGGGGCAUUGGCUUCAUUGACAUGGAGAUUCUUGAGACUCUCUGGUCGGUACUGAACCUGGUCACCACAUCUUGCCGCAACAUGUCUCGCGCGAACCGGGAGGAGACUAUUAACUUCAACAUAAACAACAUGAACUUGAAGAAAAUCCGGAACCUCAGUGAGUGUCGGCACCAUCGGCCGGACAGCACGUCCGGCAGCGUCGGUGUCUUCUGA